AGCGGGAGCGAGCAGCGGGGUGACGAGGAUGACAUCCCCCUGGGGCCCCAGUCCAACAUCAGCCUCCUGGACCAGCACCAGCACCUCAAAGAGAAGGCGGAAGCUCGGAAGGAGUCAGCUAAGGAGAAGCAGUUGAAGGAGGAGGAGAAGAUCCUCGAGAGCGUGGCAGAGGGCCGAGCUUUGAUGUCAGUGAAGGAGAUGGCAAAGGGCAUCACCUACGAUGAUCCAAUUAAAACCAGCUGGAGAGCACCUCGUUACAUCCUGGGCAUGUCGGAGGCGCGGCACGAUCGCGUGCGCAAAAAGUACCACAUCCUGGUGGAGGGGGAAGGCAUCCCGCCCCCCAUCAAGAGCUUCAAGGAGAUGAAGUUUCCAGCAGCUAUCCUGAGGGGCCUGAAGAAAAAAGGAAUCCAGCAGCCAACACCCAUACAGAUCCAAGGCAUCCCCACCAUCCUCUCAGGAAGGGACAUGAUUGGCAUCGCCUUCACUGGCUCUGGGAAGACCUUGGUGUUCACCCUCCCGGUGAUCAUGUUCUGCCUGGAGCAGGAGAAGAGGCUGCCCUUUUCCAAGCGAGAGGGACCCUACGGGCUCAUCAUCUGUCCCUCGCGGGAGCUGGCUCUUUUUUUCUACUGUCGCCUGCUGCAGGAGGACGGGCUGCCCCCGCUGCGCUGUGCACUCUGCAUCGGGGGCAUGUCUGUCAAGGAGCAGAUGGAGACAAUUAAGCACGGUGUACACAUGAUGGUCGCAACCCCAGGCCGCCUGAUGGACCUGCUGCAGAAGAAGAUGGUGAGCCUGGACAUCUGCCGUUACUUGGCCUUGGAUGAGGCUGACAGGAUGAUCGAUAUGGGCUUUGAGGGAGACAUCCGUACCAUCUUCUCCUACUUUAAGGGCCAGCGGCAAACCCUCCUCUUCAGUGCCACAAUGCCCAAGAAGAUCCAGAACUUUGCCAAGAGCGCCCUGGUAAAGCCCAUCACCAUUAACGUUGGGCGAGCGGGUGCUGCCAGCCUGGAUGUUGUGCAGGAAGUGGAGUAUGUGAAAGAGGAGGCCAAGAUGGUGUACCUCCUCGAGUGCCUGCAGAAGACCCCACCACCCGUGCUGAUCUUUGCAGAGAAGAAGGCAGAUGUUGAUGCAAUCCACGAGUACCUGCUGCUCAAGGGUGUGGAAGCUGUGGCCAUCCAUGGAGGGAAAGAUCAAGAGGAACGUACAAAAGCCAUUGAGGCUUUCCGGGAUGGGAAGAAAGAUGUCCUGGUUGCCACUGAUGUUGCUUCCAAGGGCUUGGACUUCCCAGCCAUCCAGCAUGUCAUCAACUACGACAUGCCGGGGGAGAUUGAGAACUACGGUGGGGACUGGGCCCUGUGGCGGGGGAUCAACAGGGGGGUGGCGGGAUGGAUGCAGACCAAGCAAGUCAGCAACAUUGGCCGCAAGGACUACCUGGCCCACAGCUCGAUGGACUUCUAG